AUUGGAAUAGGCGGAUUCAAAACAGCACACCAAGGCUGGUUGACAUUAACAGCUCCCCCUAGCUCAGGUCUGGGGUCACAGGUGAGUCACAAUGUUGUUGUGAAACACCCAUUUCACAGAAUAUACCCCCAAGGUAUACCUACCUCUAGUACUGAUUACAGGAUUGGACGCUUUGCACUAGUUGACGAGCUGCCUAAGUUAUUCAGGGAGGCGAAUGUCCUGUACUGGGCAAAAGUGUUGUUAGGUCUCAUCUACGAUUUCAUCGACCACGCCAUUGCAGGCACACCUGAUCCUCCACCAUUCAAUAUUCCACGCAUGUGGUUUGUUGAAGUGGGCCUCACGCUAUCUUAUUCUCAAGGUAGCAGCAAGUCUACAAUAAAGACUGGGGUGCCAAGUGCAGGUUUCCUUCUUGAGGAGGUCAUUGAUGGUGAAGAUUUUAUGAAGUUCAUUCAUAAUAUGGAUCUGAACCCAUUACUUGACCCAGAACAGGAUGGGUAUGACUUUGCGCAGUUCUUGGCGUUCACACAACAUGUCCAGUGCACGAAGACAGGUAGGCUGGUUUUUAUAUCUGAUUAUCUAGUGAUAGCCAGGUCCGGUUCUGAACCGCAGUUCGAACCUGAACCAUUUCAAACCUGA